AUGUUCGUUUGUAAACUAAAUCCGAUGCGAUUCACAACUAUUGCAAAGCAUCAAAGACUGUUAUCCAGAGAACCAUCUAUCCUGUCAUCGAUUGCAUUGGCGAGGUUUAAGAGUAGUAAUCCAUUCAACACUGGAAUUCUAUUUGUUCCGCAACAAGAGGCAUGGAUUGUUGAACGAAUGGGUAAAUUUAAUCGAAUUUUAGAACCAGGCUUAAACUUUUUGAUACCUUUCUUAGAUCGCAUUGGUUAUGUUCAGAGUUUAAAGGAAUUAGCCAUUGAUAUUCCUAAACAAACUGCUGUAACUUUAGAUAAUGUAACACUUAAUAUUGAUGGUGUAUUAUAUUUAAGAGUCAAUGAUCCUUAUUUAGCAAGUUAUGGAGUUGAAGAUCCAGAGUUUGCAAUUACUCAAUUGGCUCAAACCACAAUGAGAUCAGAAUUAGGAAAAAUAUCUUUAGACAAAGUUUUUCGAGAACGAGAAAAUUUAAACUUUGCAAUUGUUGAAAGCCUUAAUAAAGCAAGUGCAUCAUGGGGACUAGUAUGUUUCCGUUAUGAAAUUCGUGAUAUAAAACUUCCUAAUAGAGUACAAGAAGCUAUGCAGAUGCAAGUGGAAGCUGAGAGGAAAAAACGUGCAGCUAUUCUAGAUUCUGAAGGUAUUCGUGAAGCUGACAUAAAUGUAGCAGAGGGAAAAAGACAAUCAACAAUUUUGGCUUCAGAGGCUGACCAACAAGAGCAAAUUAAUAGAGCUCAGGGAGAAGCCAAUGCUUUAUUAGCAGUAGCUGAAGCCAAAGCCAAAGGAAUACGAUUGAUAGCUGAUGCUCUUAAACAAACAGAUGGUUAUAAUGCUGCAUCUCUUAAAGUAGCUGAAUCAUACGUAGAAGCUUUUGGAAAAUUAGCUAAAUCUACAAAUACAGUUAUUAUCCCUAGCAACACUUCAGAUGUUUCAUCAAUGGUGACACAGGCCAUGUCCAUUUACAAAACGCUGACAAGUAAAUCUAAACAGUCAAGAAGAUUGAGCGAGGAAGACAAAUAA